AAUUUAGGGAGGUAUGGGUUUCCUUCCACUGCAUCUUCUUUGUAGCUGUACUUGGAACUUUCUGCCUCCAGAUGGCAGCACGCGCUGCUGUAAAUGCAUGAAGUCCGAAGUAUUUGAGGGUUAGAUCGGUCUGUUUUUACUGUUUCCAAAUUGCUGAGGUUAUUCACCUGCAAAAAUAGAACUAAAGUGCUAAAUGAGAUCUGUUAUGGGCUCCAGAUUUUUUUUCGUGCAGCCUAGUUCCAAGCAAUCAAACAAUUUCAGACAAGUGCUGUAAAAGAAAUUAAGGCCAUAAUGUGCAAGUUUAUAUUAUAAAGUGUUGUAUCAAAAUUUUUGUUUAUACCUGCUCAUUUUAUACCCUAUCAUCAAGCAUUCCUUCACACUGUUAUUGUGGUCUACCAUCAUCAUUGUCUUCUCUCUGGCCCUUCAUCUUUCACAUCUUAUACGUCUUACACUUUCGUAGCUUCUGUUCUGUAUCUUCUUUAAUUCUGGUCUCUCUCAUCUUGUCUCUCAACCUCAGUUCUUUCUCCUUUCCAGAUACUUUUCUGAUAUUUCUGGUUGCAUCAGAAGGCAUUAAGGUAUUACAUACAGGGCACCCUACUGCUUAAUUUCAAAUAAUAAAGAAUGAAGCUAGUAGAAUGGAUGCAAGGAUGCAAGUUUUUCUUCAUAUGGGGAAAACUACUUAAAUACAUUUUUGGAAAGUGCAGCUGUUUUGGUUUGUCUUUCCAAUAUAGUCUGAUGCAAGGUGGAGCACCGAGUGUUUCAGCCCUGACAUUUGACAAGGAGUAUUCAGUAUGAAACCAAACACAAAUAGUAAAGCUCAAACAGGUUUAAAGAUAGACAUAGGACUGUGUUAUCUUUUAAUCAAGUGCAAAAAGACAGCUGACUAGUAUGAAGGUGCAGUGACAGCGAUAUUUCAGUACAUAUCGAAAACAUUGGGACUCAGUAGCCGUAACAGUGUAUGGAAACAUACUGGUUUACCAAAAUUUAGGUGUGACUCGCUCAGUAACCCUCCAUUGCUUUGAUUGUCCAACUUUAUGUAGUAAAAAACAUGUUUUGCUCAGUUAAUAAUUGGAUGUAUGUAAGAAUAAUAUGAACAUAGUAUUUAAUUUGUGAACAGCUCAACAGAAUACAGCAAGGAGCUGUAAGGUGUAACCAUGGCAUGUGUGCAGCUCCAAAUGCCUGAGGUGCCAGCUGAGAUCUGAGAUCAUCAGACCAGAGGAGGGAUACAGAGCAGGAGAGAGUGAAAGAAACCAACUUGCACAGAGAAGUCCCUCUCCAGGUUUGGAAACAUCUCUCACAAAAACACGAAGCGUUCCCACAUCGCACAAAACAAGAUUUCAGCGCUGUGAAGUAAAAGCAUAAAUAAAGUGUACAAAAUGCUGUGCCCGUGGCAGUUUGUAUUCAAACCUCGUGUUGUUAAGAAUCAGUCCUCUGAAGAGAAGGAUAUCAAUAAUAACGUGGAGAAAGAUACAAAGUUCCAUGGCUUUGUGAAAGAUGAUGCCAAAUUACACAGUAUAAGCAAGAAGCAGAUAGAGAUGUCACCUAUAAGCACUUCAGCAGAGAAACCCCCACAAAAUGGUAUCAAAGCUUCAAACCAAAUAUCAACAUGUCCUAGACAUGUAAAAGUAAGGAACUUGGAAAACGGAUCCAGCCUUCUUGACACAUUACACCUGACAGCAAAGGAGGUUAUCAAUUGUCGGACCAAAGCUUGCCAAGGAGCACUCAUGACCCCAAAGAGCCUGGUGAGAGGCACUAGAGAUGGUCCAGUUCCUCCAGCAGAGCUUCUACCUCAGGCAAUAGACUUUGUCAAGCAGUACUACAGUUCAUUUAAAGAGUUAAAAAUAGAAGAGCACCUGGCCCGACUAGAAACAGUGACCAAAGAGAUAGAAACAACAGGAACCUACCAUCUGACAAAGGAUGAACUGAUCUUUGCUGCCAAACAGGCCUGGAGGAAUGCCCCAAGGUGUAUUGGGAGGAUUCAGUGGUCCAAUCUACAGGUAUUUGAUGCACGUGAUUGUAAAACAGCCAAGGAAAUGUUUGAAUGUAUCUGUCGCCAUAUUCAGUUUGCCACAAACAAUGGGAAUAUAAGAUCAGCCAUCACUAUCUUCCCUCAGAGGACUGAUGGGAAACAUGAUUUCCGUGUUUGGAACAGCCAGUUCAUCCGAUACGCUGGAUAUCAGAUGCCAGAUGGGUCUGUCAUAGGAGACCCUGCAAGUGUGGAGUUCACAAAGUUGUGCAUUGAGCUUGGGUGGAAGCCGAAGUAUGGCCGCUUUGAUAUAGUUCCACUCGUUCUCCAAGCAAACGGCCAAGAUCCAGAAAUAUUUGAAUACCCGCCAGAGAUUAUCCUUGAAGUGCCAAUGGAGCAUCCAAAAUAUGAAUGGUUUAAGGAGUUGGAUCUGAAGUGGUAUGCUCUGCCUGCGGUUGCCAACAUGCUCCUUGAGGUGGGAGGCCUGGAAUUCACUGCAUGUCCUUUCAACGGCUGGUACAUGGGAACAGAGAUUGGAGUGCGAGACUUCUGUGAUGUACAGCGGUACAACAUCCUGAAGGAGGUUGGAAGAAGAAUGGGACUGGAAACCAACAAACUUGCAUCACUGUGGAAGGACCGAGCUGUUGUAGAGAUAAAUGUGGCUGUGCUUCAUAGCUUCCAGCAACAAAAUGUUACUAUCAUGGAUCAUCACUCAGCUGCUGAGUCCUUCAUGAAAUACAUGCAGAAUGAGUACCGUGUGCGAGGAGGCUGCCCAGCUGACUGGGUGUGGAUUGUGCCUCCUAUGUCAGGGAGCAUAACUCCUGUGUUCCACCAGGAGAUGUUGAACUACGUCCUCACUCCCUUCUUUUACUACCAGGUGGAUGCAUGGAAAACACACAUCUGGCAUGAUGAGACCCGUCGGCCAAAGAGAAGAGAAAUAAAGUUGAGCAUUUUGGCCAAGGCUGUACUCUUUGCGUCACUGCUCCUGCGAAAAACAAUGGCAGCCAGGUCCAAGGUGACUGUGAUCUAUGCAACAGAGACUGGGAAAUCAGAAACAUUAGCCAGCAAUCUAUGCAGUUUGUUCAGCUGUGCCUUCAACACUAAGAUUCUGUGCAUGGAUGAGUACAACAUCAGUGACUUGGAAAAAGAAACUCUUCUUUUAGUGGUUACCAGCACUUUUGGAAAUGGAGAUUCUCCAAAUAAUGGAAAGGCAUUAAAGAACUCCUUGCUCACCAUGAAAUUGCUGAGAAAAAAAAUUAGAUACGCUGUGUUUGGCUUGGGGUCCACCAUGUAUCCUGAGUUCUGUGCCUUUGCUCAUGCCAUUGACCACAAACUGUCCCAACUGGGGGCUUUGCAGCUCACUCCAGUGGGUGAAGGAGAUGAACUCAAUGGUCAAGAAGAAGCCUUUCGCACAUGGGCAGUCACUGCGUUCAAGACUGCCUGUGACAUUUUUGAUAUCCGUGGGAAAACCAGUAUUCAGUUACCUGAAAUAUACACAUCAGAUGACAGCUGGAAUCCUAAGAAAUAUAGGAUAGUACAUGACUCUCAAACCAUGGACUUGACUAAAGCACUGGCAGACAUUCAUGGAAAGGAUAUAAUUCCCAUGAAGCUGAAAUUCAGACAGAAUCUUCAGAGUUUCAAAUCCAGUCGUGUUACCAUUCUAGUUAAGCUUUCCUGUGAGUCUAAUCAGGAAGUGCACUACCUGCCUGGAGAACAUAUUGGGAUUUUCCCAGGCAACCAGCCAGAAUUAGUCCACAGCCUCAUUGCACGUGUUAAGGAUGCCCCUCCAGCUGAUCAGACUAUCAGACUUGAAACCUGUACUGAAGGUGGCUAUUGGGCUAGCCAGAAAAAGAUUCCAGCUUGCACUCUCUCCCAGGCUUUGACAUAUUUACUUGAUAUCACUACUUCACCCUCCCAACAACUUCUAAAAAAACUCUCCCAGCUGGUAAGAACGGAAGGAGACAAACAGAGACUGGAAGUUUUAUGUCAUAGCACAGAAGAAUACAAUAAAUGGAAGUUUUACAACAGCCCGAACAUCCUGGAGGUCCUGGAAGAGUUUCCUUCUGCUGAAGUCUCAACAGCUUUCUUACUGACUCAGCUGCCACUUCUGAAACCCAGAUACUACUCUGUCAGUUCCUCCUGUGACAUGAUACCCAGAGAGAUUCAUCUGACAGUUGCUGUGGUAAACUACAGGACAAGAGAUGGACAAGGGCCAUUGCACCAUGGAGUCUGCAGCACGUGGCUGAACAAAAUAGCUCUCAAUGAAACAGUCCCUUGCUUUGUGCGCAGUGCUGAUGGAUUCCAGCUCCCAAAGGAGCCAGCCAAGCCGUGCAUUCUUAUUGGCCCAGGAACAGGAAUUGCUCCAUUCAGAAGUUUCUGGCAGCAGCGUCUCUAUGACUUGGAAAAGAAAGGGAUCAAAGCUGGUGACAUGAUAUUGCUGUUUGGCUGCCGGCAGCCAGAUAUGGAUCAUAUCUACAAAGAAGAAGUUGAAGAAAUGAAGAGGAAAGGAGUUCUGAAAGAAGUUUUUACAGCUUACUCCAGGCAACCUGGUCAACCUAAAGUCUAUGUUCAAGAUAUUCUUCAAAAUGAGUUGGAAACCGAAGUAUGUAAUAUCUUGCAUAAAGAGGAAGGGCAUCUGUAUGUCUGUGGAGAUGUACGCAUGGCCAGAGAUGUCGCUCAGACUUUGAAGAGGAUGCUUGUAAAAAAUCUGGACCACACAGAGAAGCAGGCAGAAGAGUAUUUCUUCCAGCUAAAGAGCCAAAAGCGAUACCAUGAAGAUAUAUUUGGGGCUGUGCUCCCACAUGAAGUCAAAAGAACAUAAGAGAUUUGCAACCCAUCAGUCCAGGCACGGACCGACAGUCUGUAUGUGAUAUUUGCACAUUUGUUGUUGUUGUUUUCAAAAAUCUAGGGAUCAAAUCCUCUUCUUUAUUCCUGCUAAAUGCUGCACAUCUGAUGGUAGGAUUUGACUUCUAAGCUUUAGCCUUAAGUAAGAAAAAUAUAAAAUUUAUCUUUUGUUGUUCUCAGACUUCUUUUAAUAGAUUAAUAUUGAAGAUGCCAAUUAUUUUUUUAAUUCUAUCUAGGUCAGUAUAGGUCUGUCAUCUUUUGCAAAUACAAAACAUAUAAAACCUGGUCACCAGGAAAAUUUAGAGUUUUUUUUGCUAUUAGUGACAUUUUUUAGUUUUUUGCUAUUGCAGGAAGUGAUUUUUUUGUUUUUUUUUUUAACGGACUAUUUAUCUGUUUGAAUUUAUUUAUAUUAUUGUUUUACUGUGCAUAUUAUCUUCAAAGUUGUGGCACUUGGAAAUGUCCAGAGAUUUGUUGUAUAUGAAGGAACUCUUGCAAAUGUGAUAAAAUACAACGGCUUAUGAGUGGAAAUACCUGCUGUUUACACUUACACUUCAAAUGCAUACAUGUGAGGAGGUAGCAGUUUGAUUUCUGCUCCAUGUAGUUCAGGUACACCAACCUGAAUUUUUGUUGUUACAGAGCCUACAGUAAUGAGGUUCAGAAAAUUCAAAAGCACUUUGUCCAUCUGAUUUCUAUGCUCUGACUUUACUUGAUUUGUUUGUAAUAAAAGAUACCUUUAUUAUUAA